AUGCGACCUUCCCUCCGCCCACUAUGGCUCCCACAAACCUCGUUCCUCGCACGGCUCCCCCGAACUACUCCGCACCGCGUCCCACGCCGAAUCGCGACCACUUCAGCGCGCAAUGCUGCGCCAAUUGAUCUACCCAAACUGAGACUUUCGCCCGGCUCUCUGUAUCACGAUUCGCUUACUACGUUCCUCGAAUAUGCGAAGGAAACAAAUCUGAAUUUGACCUCAACUCUCGCUAUUGGUACUAUCUAUGAGUACAUGUCGGCGCAGGCGCUCAUGCGCCUAGGCUUCUCUCUCUUACGUAUAGGUCGUAUGGGGGAUGCGGGCAUAGACUUGAUUGGACACUGGGUGCUAGGGCCUCUCAGAGAACCCAUGCCCGUCAUCGUACAAUGCAAGGCAAGGAGUAAUAGUGUCAACCCGAAACAUAUCCGCGAACUCGAAGGAUCCUUUCAGGGUGUACCACCGCAUUGGCGCAACAAGGAUGUCUUGGGGCUAUUGGUAACAACGAAAAAGGCUACGACGGGGGUGAUGAAAGCUAUAGCGAACAGUUCGUGCCCUAUGGGCUUCAUACUCAUAUCGCGGGAGGGAUUAGUGGAGCAAUUUGUUUGGAACCGGGCGGCAACUGAGAGAGGGUUGCAAGGAGUAAGUGUCACGGUGAGACAUACCCCGCGGGCUUUACUGGAAGAUCCCGAAGAGGGAUUAGAAGAGGACACGAAGGUAUCAAAGAAGAGUCAGGACAAGUUCAAAACUUCGGGAACGAUGAAAGACAUACAAUUGACCUGGAUGGGAUCGCCCAUCUUUCCAGACAGGGACAACCUCGACCAGGAAACCCUCAAGCUCAUGCGCCAGAUCCCAGCCAACAUUGUGCAUGUACCCGCCCCUGUCGUUGAAGUGGAAGAGCCACCCCAAGGGCAUUCCAAGGGUUCUGUAAAGGACAAGAAGAAGGCCACUCCAGUCGUUGCGCCCAAGCUCGGUCGGCCCUUGAAAAAGUGGUCCGAGAAAGUGCCUCAUCCACGCGGAGGCCAAAUCUCAGGCACCUUAAAGAAGCCUACCGAAGGUCAUACCCUGGGAAGACCUCCAGGAUCGAAGACUAAGCGUAGAGCGGGCGAUGAGCCUGCGGUGGUAGAAAAGCCACCAAGGCCACCGAAGGACCCUCACCGUCAUAAAAAGCUGAGGCAGCAGAUACCUACCUGCCGUCCACGAUUGGGAAGACCCCCUGGAUCGAAGAACAAACCCAAGGUACCUGUUGAUACUGGCUGA